AUGGCAGCGAAUAUCAUUACAUUGAGGCUGUGCAAAGGUACGAAAGACUUUGAAGAUUUCGAGGUGGAUAAAAUGGUUGCAAUGGAAUCAGAGGUCAUAAAGAAUUGUAUCCAAGACACUCAUCAUGGGAUGGAGCCUCUAAAGCUUUGUCUUCCUUCCGGUCACACCGAACCUGUCAAAGUUCUGGAGAAAGUAUUAGAGUAUUGUGACUACCAUGCUCAUGCAAAAUCCAGCAGUAUAUCAGAAGAAGAUGUGAAGAUAUGGGAUACGGACUUUACUAAAAAUAUUAUGGCUGCCGAUCGAAAUCUGGGGUCUGUCUGUCACAUUCUUAAGGCUGCUGAUUUUCUUCAAAUUAUUGGCUUGUGUAAUUUGUUAUCUAAGACUAUUGCAAAUUUCAUUAAGGACAAUUUUUUAAGAGAUGGAACAGAAUAA